AACGUGUUUCUGCCAUGAAAAACAGUGCAACAAAAGAUAAUGUUGGUGCGAUGAGCGUUGCAAAUGAGUCCUCACCAAUCACCCAUAGUCCAAACACAAACAAUCCUUAACUAAAAAAAGAGUGAGCAAAUUGAAUGAUGUUGCACUCUCAUCAUCUCCUCUCUUCACUACACCCCGCUCUUCACUCUCAUCCUCGCAUUCCCCCCUUUUCUCUCUCCCCGCCUCUCCGUCGGCCCAUUCCUGUUUUUACCCGACCCGGCCUAUGUCUGGCCCAGCCCAACGACGAAGUAGGCCCCAUUGAACUCCCGCCAGAGUCAAAUUCGAUAUUUGCGACGGAUGAUGACCCGACUAAUCUCCAAGUUGCUACUAGCGUUCUCCUCACCGGCGCUAUCUCGGUGUUUCUCUUUCGCUCUAUCCGACGCCGAGUUAAACGAUCUAAAGAACUCAGAUUCAGGUCAGAUGGAGUGAAGAAAUCAAUAAAGGAAGAGGCAUUGGAGAGUUUGAAAGCAAUGACACCAGCCGGCUCACUUGAGGCUAAUGCUAAUUCACCUCCCUCCGUUGCUCAAACAUUGUUGGGUGGGAUAUCUGCAGGAGUGAUUGCCCUCAUUCUUUACAAGUUUACAACUACUGUUGAGGCAUCUCUUAAUCGCCAGACUCUUUCUGAUAAUUUCUCGGUCCGCCAGAUUACAGUGACCAUAAGGACUAUAAUAAAUGGGAUUUGCUACCUGGCUACUUUCGUUUUUGGCCUCAACUCUGUAGGUUUGUUCCUUUACUCCGGACAGCUGGCCCUCAACUCUUUAAUGGGUGAAGAAACUUCUGAACAAACAGAAGGAAGUUCAAAUCUGACAGGAAGUGAUAACUCCGAAAUGAACCAAAGUAGUGGGGAUAACAAUAUAGAUAGUCCACAGUAAGAUAAACAAGUUCAACUGGCAAACGAAUUUUGUAGAGAUUCUUACCAGAAACUGUAGCUUAGUUGCAAAUUUUGAUUUUAUAUAUAUACCGGGCAGUUUCACUAUAAUGGUUCUCAUACAUGAUCACAUUGUCUUCAAUAUGGGUGAUUUUGAACCCUCAAAUUAAUUAGAAGAACUUAUUACAUUUUGGGAACA